AUGGAUGACCUUCGCGAGAAGCUCCGUAUAGCUGAAGAACGAGCUCAACAAAACUAUGAUGAGAUGAAAGAGUACCAGAGUUGGUUACAACAGGUGGAGGAAGGCCAAGAGACAUUGCAAGGGAGUAAUGAACCUGAAUACGAUCCAGUACCUGACAACCCACCUGGACUUUGGGGCCGAAAAGAUGGCAAAGAUGCUAGCCUUGCCAACAGCGACAUUGGCCAAGAUGGAAAAGAUUGGGUCACUCGGAUAUCGAGGAAAGAGCAUGAGAAGGUCGUCGUCAAGCCGUGGCCGAAGUGCCAGGACCUUGAUGUAUGGCGAUCGAACGUUGUGCAAGCUGUCUGCGUUGCAUCUGGUGAUCCUGACACAGCUGCAUGGAGAAGAUCGCAGACACCUGGAGGAAAGAAGGACCACAAUUGCUACGGAUGGCUGAAGCGCGACUGUAAGAAGGGUGACAAAUGUACCUUCAAACACGACCCCAACAUGAAGGGCAAGAAGGCCGCACCUUCGGCUAAGACGUCUGAUGCCAAGGCUACCCCAGCAUUGGUCCGUGAGUAUGAUGAUGACUUCAUCGUGAGUGCAAUGCCAAGUGAGAAGAAGGUCAAGAUGGAUGUCAAAUUCAUGGAGCAUGUGGACACAUUCGAGUACGUGAAGCAUGACUUUUCUACCCAUGAUAUCAUGACCGACCAACACUGGGUACUACAAGCCAAACUGGGUAUGACGCGGGCACGUGCAAUUGGCAUUUUGAUGGACGACCUCAACGAGUUUUCGGACAUAGAUGAGGUGCACAUUGCCCUGGGCCCCAAGAGUGAUAUCAAGCUCAAGAUCAACAGCAAUGAAUAUCUGGAGGACAACCCACGGGCAGAGAUGUGUUACGAGGAGGUUAUCCCUCACGUUCCUGGAGAGUAUGGACAGGCUGAGUUGGUGAUGAAGGUGUUGGGUCUCAUGGGCAACAGCACUGCAUCGAGGACGAUAUUCCUUGAUGGUGAAAGUGGUGAUGAAAUGUCUGAAUCGGAUGAUGGAGUUGGUACGUACGUCGACGGGCCAACGAGUCUCCGGAGGAAGACUGAGAAGAAGAGAAGAUCUAAGCGAAAGACAGAAUUCGACCGGAUGAUGAACGAGAUGAACAUCAAGCUCGACAAAGAGAAGAGUGACAAGGUCGAAGUUGUUGGUGAACCCCCAAUGCCUCCUACUGAUGGCGAACCUCCACUGGGUCCAUAUGACGGACCAGAACACCACUCUAUGGGCAAACCUGGUGACGGUAUCAUCUACCUCAGCGACAUUGGCGAGCACGUCAAGCUCGACAAACGAGGACGGCCUUAUCGUGUUGGUCCUGAUGGUCGCAAAGAAGUACGAGGGUCACCAAGGCCAAAGAGCAGUUAUAGUCCAGAAGAAUGGAGAGCUUUGUCCGCCAAGGAGAGGGAUGUCAUCAUUCGUCGAGGCAAGCUGGAAGCUGAGGCCGAGAAGCUCAAGGAGAUCAAGUUGAAGAAAGAGAAGGAAAAGAAGGCCAAAGUCGAGGCUGCCGAAAACAAGAAGAAGCCCGAUGCAAGUUCACACAAAGAUCCACCAAAAGGUGAAAGCCGAAAGAAGAAGAAAAAGAGUAAUAAAGACUCGAAGGGGAGCUCAGGCAAAGAUGGCGGCAAGGACGCUGCCGCUGGCGUGGGGAUACUCCAAGGUGAAUGGGAAGUUGAACCAUGUCAGGGAUCAUGGCAAUCGGGUAGGCGUGUCAGCGACCUGUGA